UUGUUGUGUUUGUUUCGAAGCAAAAAUGGCGAACGAACUGGACAGAGUGCGAAUCUCAGCCGCGGAACUUCGCGCAGAAGCUACAAAUUCAGAGCAAAUAGUCGAUCGUUUCAGCGAGGAGCAACAGGAACAUAAAAAACACAAGCAGCACAAGAAGCGUGAAGCGAAACGUCCUGACCUGCAGCGUUAUCAACCAGUGGCUGGACACGGACGCCGUCAUCGAGACAGUGAGGAGGAAGAACCUGGUCAGAGUGAUUCUCUAGAUGCCAAAACACAGCAGAGCGAUCAAUCAUCACACAGUGACAAGGACAAAGGGUCUGGAAAUGAUUUAGCUAGACAAGGGUGUACCGACCUGUCAGGUACCAAAAGCAGUGAAGACAGAAUGAGAGGUGACGGCAGUAACAGCCUCAUCUGUAAACAAAGUACACAAUCUGUGGGUAAAACAGAUGCAAACAGUGAAAAAAGGUUUGAUGAAAAUGAAAAAGAAACAGAAGAAGCUUCUGGAGCUGCUAAACCUGCAAAGAAAGUCCGCAAGCCUGACAGAGCGUUUUAUCAACCCGGGAGCCGCAGGAAUGUGCAGGGAAAAGACAGUGGUGGUGGGAAAGAGGUGGUUAAGCCUUCUCCCAAAAAACAAGGGUCAAACAAUGAGCCAGAAUCUCUGUCAAGUACAGGUGAUGGGAGCAAUGAAAAACCAAUAGCCAAACAUGGAGCAAAAGAUAAAGAAAUCAAUUCUGACUUCAAAAAGAAAACUACAGAACAAGGGAGACUAACUAUGGACCCAUCAGUGGAGAAAAUUAUGAGUAAAGUUGAAAAACUCAACAUUAAAGAAAAAGGGGAAGCUCAGAGUCAUGGCAGCAAUUUUGAAAAUGUUACCUCUACAAGAAGAGAAAGAGAAAAGAGUUCUCAAGGUGCAGAAACCAAAGGUGAGCAAGAAAAGGCAGCUAAGAAGGAGAAAGGUCAUCACCGGAGAAGAGGAGGGGAGAAGAAAGAAGAAAAAGGGGAAGGUGUGGAUUUUAAAGGAGAAGAUGAAUUAAAUCAAAGUAGAAAGAACAAUCAGCGAAAGGCUGAGAGAGAAAAAGAAAAGAGGGCUCCCGAGGCAGACAGAAGAAAAGUGGAUAAACCAGGAGAGUCACGGUCAAGAAAGGAUAAUCCCAGAGAAACUCAUAGCAUAAGAGACAACAACAGAGACUUUAAAGACUCAGGAAAAGCUGCUAAAACAGGGAGCCAUGUAGACAGGGCUAUUGAGGAGCGUGAUCGACCAAGAUCUAAUCUAAAUCCCCCUACACCAAACUCGAAGCGUUAUUCCAAAUCUAAUAUCCGACACUCCCGGAACAGAACUUAUAGCAGUAGUUCAGCGAGCAGCGUAACCAGCCAAGAUGGUCCAAGGCCACGAAUAGGCAAAGAGAGCGCCAAGUGGCAACGCUUCCCUGGGCAAACUAACAGGGAGUUGGUGAAUAAACAUGAGGGGCGACAGAGACAUUCUUCUACAGAAUCACUGGAUGGGAGUGAAGUGUGUUACAGAGAAGAGGAGGAUAGAAGGAGGAGGAGGAAAAGAAGUGUUGAGAAGGAAGAAAUGGGUGCCGUAAAACGAGGGGAGGACAGGAAGACGUCAAAGUCAAGUAAAAUGGGAGGUCGAGGAAUCCUUAGGGUUUCUUUAGAUGAUCAGUCAUCUAUCCCAAAGGAUAGCUCAGUUCCUCGUGGCAGAGGGAGAGGCAUCCUGGUGCUUCCCGCCCGCACCGAAAUCUCUCACUCACCUGAAAUGGGGCAGAGGCUGUUUUCUGCUGGAACUCGGGGAGGAGCAGCUGGCAGGAACAGAGGAGGCCGAGGAGGAGGAGCAAGACGUCUCUGGGAUCCAAAUAACCCCGACCAGAAACCUGCUCUUUCCAACACUCCCUCAUCCAAGCAUUCGGCUCUCAAACAGCCACUGUACCUUCAGGCUGGGACUGGAUACGGGCAGCUUCACUUUCUGGACACAGAUGAUGAAUUAGCCGGCAGCCCUCCGGUGCCACAAGGGGAUCACUUCCAGUCCCAGCAGGCUGCUGCUAUGGCGUACUACAAAUUUAAAAACUCUGACAACCCUUACUGCUACCCCAUACCCUCCAAUAACACACACAAUCCAAACACCACAACGGGGCAGCACUUAGCUUACCAUUAUGACAUCGGGCCGUACCAAAUGGCUUCCCUUAAUGGUACGUACCCGAGUCCAGGUACUAGUCCAUACAGUGGUAGUUAUAGGGGGGCAGCAUACACCCAACCGGCUAUAGGAGGUGGUCUGACAUAUGAAGAGGACAUGGGGAGGCUGCUGAAGGCUGCAGAUGCACAUGAACUUCAGCUCAGUAACCUGAUCUCCAGGGACAGAGUCAGCGCGGAUGGCUUGGACCGUAUGUCCCAGCUCAGAGCUGCACUUUUGGGGCUGUAUGAGCGGAUAAUUCUGACAGAUAUCGAGUUUUCCGACUCCAAGAACGUGGAUCAGGCUUUGUGGAAGAACGCGUUCUACCAGGUCAUCGAGCGCUUCCGGCAGCUGCUUAAAGACCCCCCCUGUGACGACAUGCACGAUAUCAGAAACAUGCUGCUCACGCUUCUAGAUGAGGGAGCAUUGUUCUUUGAUACGCUGCUUCAGAAGCUGCAGGCUGUGUACCGGUUUACAUUAGAGGACUACAUGGAUGGUAUGGCCAUCAGAACUCGUCCUUUGCGUAAAACGGUAAAGUAUGCACUUAUAAGUGCACAGCGAUGCAUGAUUUGUCAGGGUGAUAUCGCACGCUACCGAGAACAGGCCACUAACUCUGCCAACUAUGGCAAAGCUCGCAGUUGGUACCUGAAAGCUCAGCAGAUUGCACCUAAAAAUGGACGACCCUACAACCAGCUGGCCUUGUUGGCAGUUUAUACAAAGAGGAAGUUAGAUGCUGUGUACUAUUACAUGCGCAGUUUGGCAGCCUCUAAUCCCAUUCUGACAGCAAAGGAAAGUUUAAUGAGCCUCUUUGAAGAAGCUAAGCGCAAGGCUGAACAGUUUGAGCGAAGAAGGAGGCAGGAGCAUGAAGGAGGUUCCCAGGGUCCAGCAGUGAAAGGGAGACGAAAGUGGGAUGAUGGCGCCCGUGUUGAGGUUUGGAUCCGCCCUGGUGGCCAAACAAGAACCCCAUCAUCUCAGAGAGGCGGCAGCCAGUCCAGCAGAGACUCCGAACAGGAUGGAGAGCUUGGCAGUCUUAGUGCUGCUGAGCUAAAUAAGCGAUUCAUUUUAAGUUUCCUGCAUGCCCAUGGAAAGCUCUUCACUAAGGUUGGUAUGGAGUCUUUCCCUGGAGUGGCGAGUCGUGUUUUAAAGGAGUUUAGGACUCUUCUUCAACAUGGCCCUUCACCGCUCGGGUUUACAAACCUGCUGCAGAUCAUUACCAUCAACAUGUUUGCUAUAUACAAUGCACAUAGUAGAGGUGAAGAAGGAGAUACCCGAUCUGUCUUAUUAGAACAAAGCACAGCUCUUGGCCUCAGUAUGUUUGCCUUGCUGGUCCAGCGAUGCACGGAGCUUCUGAAAGAAACUCCCUCAGAAGCAGUCCCAGUGGCGGAUGGAGAAGAGGAAGAGAAAAGCGAAGAGCUGCAGGGUAUGGUCAAAGUUUCUGCAUUCCCGCCGGGGUUGAGAGAACUACUGCCCAGCAUCAAAGUGUGGUCAGACUGGAUGUUAGGACAUCCAGAAGAGUGGAACCCACCCCCAUGCAGCCUAGAGUGCAGUCCAGAUGUUUGGCAGUGUCUUGCUGACUUGUGUAAUGCUCUGGCCCUUGUGGACCAUGAGGAGAUGCCUCUCUACAAGAUGGAUACGGAUGAAGUAGAGGGUGACGAGGAGCUGACCAUGCUUCAGUUGAAGGAAGACAAACUGCUUGCUGGCUUUGUGCCACUGUUGGCUGCGCCUCAGGAGCCAUGUUACACAGACAAACACACCGACAUGGCCAUAGCAGAGGAUUGUAAGAGGGUAACAGUAUUGAAGUACUUCCUAGAGGCUUUGUGUGGACAAGAGGAACCUCUGCUGGCCUUCAAGGGAGGCAAAUACAUAUCAGUCGCAACCUCUCCCUCACUGAACCACUCAGAAGAUGCAAGGAGCAGGCAGGAUUCUUUAACAGAGAAAGAGCAGUCCGAUGACGUCAUACUUGAGGGCGAAUCUUCUCUGUCUGGAUCAGAAGAAGAGGAGGAUUUUGAGGAGGCAGGAGACAGCGAAAACGACAUCAAGGAGCUAAAGGCACGGCGGCAAGCCCUCGCUAGCAAGCUGGCGCAGCAGCAGAAGCGCAGGGACAAAAUAGAGGAGGUGUUACAAACCGGUGGCCAGUUAGAACUGGAAGUGAAGCCCCUGUUUUUGGUCCCAGAUACCAACGGCUUCAUCGAUCACCUAGAUGGGCUGAAGAAGCUCCUUCAGUGUGGAACCUACAUAAUAGUUGUGCCUCUCAUUGUGAUAACAGAGUUGGAUGGUCUGGCUAAAGGCCAGGACCCUUCUGGGGGGGCAAUGGGGACAGGAGGACGAAGCACUGGUAGUCGAGGCAACUAUAAUGUGAGUAUGAGCCACGUGCGGGCCGUGCAGGAACAGGCUCGUUCUGCGGUGGCUUUCCUAGAGAGGGGCUUUGAAGGCAGGGAGCCAUGCCUCCGAGCCCUAACAAGCCGAGGGAAUCAGCUGGAGUCCAUCGCCGUCCGCAGUGAAGACACAUCAGGACAACAGGGAAACAACGAUGACGUGAUUCUGUCCUGCUGUCUCCACUACUGCAAAGACAAAGCAAAGGAUUUUAUGCCUCCUCAGAGAAAUGGAACUGUGAGGCUCCAGAGAGAGGUGGUCCUCCUCACGGACGACCGCAACCUGCGCGUCAAGGCUUUGACCCGCAACGUCCCCGUGAGAGACAUCCCAUCCUUCCUCAGCUGGGCUAAAGUGGGCUGAACCAGAAUCGGGCUAAAGUCAUAGGGAUCUAGCUGAUGAAGCCUGCUUGUCACUCAGGAGAGAAGACACUCAAAGCAGAGGAAGAAGAAGGAGAUGAGUGGGGAGAGGAAAGGGUAAUGAGAACGCAAAGCACCACUUCUUCAGGAAUACAAGCAAAUAAAGAGCAGAUUGGUGUUAAUGAGCUAAUUUCUCUUAGCGAGGAAGUGUGUGCGUGUAUGUAUGUUUUAGGAUCAUCGAGCUUCCCCCCCUUAAGAAAGAAUGACUUAAUUAGUCUCUAAUAGGUUAAAGGAGAAAGAGGUAAAACCGACUUAUUGGAUCUGGGGGUUACUGCAUGCAGCCUGAAACUUCUGCAAGAAUAAUCCAGAUUAAAAGCAGAUGAUGAUGAAAACUCAGUGAGGUAAGCUGU